CUUCCUGUCGUCCUCACUUGUUCUAAGAUGAGUGCCAAAUCAACCAUCAGCAAGGAAAUUUUUGCACCUCUUGAUGAAAGGAUGCUGGGAGCUGUCCAAGUCAAGAGGAGGACAAAGAAAAAGAUUCCUUUCCUAGCAACUGGAGGUCAAGGCGAAUAUUUAACUUACAUCUGCUUAUCAGUGACAAACAAGAAACCUACACAGGCAUCUAUCACGAAGGUCAAACAGUUUGAAGGCUCCACAUCUUUCGUUCGAAGAUCACAGUGGAUGCUUGAGCAGCUUCGCCAGGUUAAUGGUAUUGAUCCUAAUCGGGAUUCUGCAGAGUUUGACUUAUUGUUUGAAAAUGCUUUUGACCAGUGGGUAGCCAGCACAGCCUCAGAAAAAUGCACCUUCUUCCAGAUCCUCCACCACACUUGCCAGAGGUACCUCACGGACAGGAAGCCGGAAUUUAUUAACUGCCAAUCUAAAAUUAUGGGAGGAAACAGCAUCCUCCAUUCAGCUGCUGACAGUGUAACCAGUGCAGUACAGAAGGCGAGCCAGGCCUUGAAUGAGCGUGGGGAGCGGUUAGGCCGAGCAGAGGAGAAGACAGAAGACAUGAAGAAUAGUGCUCAGCAGUUUGCGGAAACUGCACACAAGCUUGCCAUGAAGCACAAAUGUUGAGAAACUGCCUAUCCUGGUGACCACUUAAGAGGAAUUGAAGAGUUUGUUCAGCAGUUUUUACAGAAUUCUGGACCUCCACUUGCUUCUUUUUUUCCAGUAUAUGGACAUUCAGGUUUUUUGGUUUCCUUUUUCAGAUGUUAGUAUAAAAGAAAAGAUGUUACAUUUAUACAUUUCCCUAAAGAUCUUGCUGAAAAAUGCUACAAAAGCACCAGCU